AUGCGGGUAGUAGGAUGACAUACCGCCAAACAAUUGGUUAGUGAUUGGAUUGCUGCUCGAGUUUUUCUGGCACCGUUUCUCGUAGUUGUUACUCUAUUAGAGUUUGCAAAUUGUCUACAAACAUGACAGUCAAUAGCUGCUUCACAUCUGAAAAGAUAUCUAAGAUCCGGUGGAUACACGAAGAAUACCAAGAUGCGAACACAUUUGUUACCGGUAGUUGGGGUAGCGCGAGAAAUAACAUAAAAGUGUGGUCGAUCGCCGAUAGCAAUUACGCAAAGGAAUUCUCGAUCAAGUGCGUUGAUAAACACAGCACGAUUGGUGAUGUUACUGGUUUGGAAGUUUUCAAUAAGAACAGUUUAGCUGCGGUUACGGUAGAAGGUUUAUUGCAGGUUUUCAAUGUCGACAAAAUAACCGACAAUUUUAGUUUAUCGCGGCGAGGUGGUGUCGAGAACCUUCAUAAAUUCAAAAGAGGAAAUCGAGCGCCUUGUAAUGGUAUCUGCGUUUAUGAUGAUUACGCCGCAACUUUUGGAGAGGAUGGAAGGUUGAACAUUCUUUCUCUGGCUGAUCUUUGUAUUCUUCACGACAUAGCAGAAGGAGACAAUUGUUCUGUUACGACCGCACUAUUCGCUAAUUCGAAAGAAAUUCUAACCGGAAAUCGUAUGGGUGUUAUAAAACAAUUUGAUGUUCGCAGCAAAAACAAAGAGGCGUUGUCAACGUUCCCUAUAUCUGGAAAUGAUGAGCGGAAGUCGGUCGCCAUUACAAAUAUGUGCUGCCAUCCAACACAAAAACAUAUUGUCAUAUCCGGAACAGAGGAAGGUUCAUUAAUGGUGUGGGAUCUGAGAAAAAUUGGAUUCCCCAUAUCAUGCUUCAAAGCGCAUGCUCAAGCAAUCACAGAGAUAGGAUUCCAUAAGACACAACCAUCGCGAUUGUUCACCGCUUCAGAAGGUGGUGAAUUUUGGCAAUGGGUACAACAAGAAACAAGCUUCCCACUUAAUCAAUCGCAAGCAUUUCCUAGUGAAAGUGAUAGUAAUAACCCUUGGCUCGACAGUAAGAGAACGAAAAAUCAAAUUAAUGUAACAUCGUUGAUAACUGGAGUGCGAAGAGCUAUUAAUUCGUUCGAUGUUCAUGGGUCCCAUCUUGCCUGUGGUGGUGAUAAUGAAGCUGUGUAUAUUAUAGCAACUGAAUGAUUUUUUAGCUAAACGAAACUUACAGUCUCGAAGAAACGAAUAAAGAGUAUCU